GUCGCCGUCGUCGUUGUGAGGCUCGCAAAGCGCGACAGCAUUAUUACGAAACCGCCAAACGGCCGAGACGACACCAUACGAGACCGGUAAAAGCGCGCUGACGGCAGCUGCAUAGCGCUCACGCGACCGGAAACAGGCCGAAUCUCGCAGUUUCCAUGGCGUCGUCGGUGAAUUUUUGGGCGCUCCAAAUAGGGUUUUAGCGAUUUGAAAGAACGAACCAAAUGCAAUCGGAGCGCCCUUUUUCGACUACCCGAACAAGAUGGCUACCUGUGGAGCGCUCCUAAACAAGCACCUGAAGAUUGAAUUAGUCUAACGGUCGACGCUCGUGCUUUAACCUUCAUAUAGCGUACGACUGCAAAUAUCUUCCGUUUCUGACACCUUAAUUGUUUCGCUGAGGACGGAUGCCCUGAGGCCAUUAUACUUUCUAACAAUUCACUCCACAAAUUCUUUGCACCUUUCGUCGUUGGAUUGAACAUGGCUAUAUAGAUGGCCACAACGUCGCCGUUAUCACUGAGAUCGGCAGCUCGGCAAGACGUGCGAUAAGAAAAAAAAAAGAAAAAAAAAGGGGUGGGGGGUGGAUGAAAUGGCACAUCACAAAAUUCGGGCCCCGAAGCACCGCGAGGCAGUGUGAGAGCCAUCGGCACUCGGCGUCACCUUGUGGUUUUCGAUCAGAUCGAACACUGCUUAGUGGUCUGACGAGAAACGGUAUACUUGGCAUGUUGUAUAGUCGGUGGCAGGCCAGCGAGACGUUAUCAAUGUUAGCGCCGCCUCAUCCUUGUGGCGGUUUAUACGCUGGAAUUGUUCGCUGCAGCCCUUCAUGUUUCUCGGCGUAUUAAUACGAUGCUUCAGGACGGAGAAGUGGUAGCCUCCAAGUCGAACAUACUCCAGGCGGAGCAACCGAAGCAGAAGCUUCCACGCGGCAAUGAACUGUCCUGGAAUCCGACGCCCGUUCUGGUCGAAAUAUCCCCCGCGUCACAGCCCGAGCAGUUGGUUGGCGUGUGCGAAGCCGCCAACAACAACGAUCGCAACUGCCUCCAACCUGCGCUGCUGGCGAGCAUCGCGGCGCUCAUGCUGACCCUUAUUGGGGCCGCCUAUUACGUCCGGGUGGUGUCCUCGGCCCCGUGCUCGUCGCCGGCCUGCCAGCGACACCGCGCGCUACUGGACGCCAACCUGAACGCGUCGGUGCCGCCCUGCCGGGACUUCUACGCAUAUGUCUGCGGUCGCUGGGAGGCGGCGCAUGACCUGUCUGUCAGGGACACCAUCUACAAAGAAUUCAUGACCAACGUGGCCACUAUGGCGAAUAGGACGACAACUCCCCAACAAGGGCAGACCGCGGUGCAGAAAGCUGCCAGGCUGUAUCAGUCUUGCGCGCACGUCCACACGCAAGACUACAACCACGUGAGCGAGGCACGGUCGGUGAUGGAAAACUGCGGCGUGCGCUGGCCUGAGCUGACCAACACCUCGCGCCUUCUCCGCAUCUUCUUCUCCAUGGCUUGGACCUGGAGCUGGGCAAGCGUCCUGCAGUUCAUCAUGCGGAGUAACGGGAGCGUCAUAAUGAGGCCGUCACCUUUCUUUUGGUCCGUACUAUCGGGAAGGCAGCGCUUGCUCGAGAAGAGUGCCGGCGAAGAUCACUACCGGAUAUACUUCGACAGCAUGGUUGCCGCAUUCGGCAGCGCCGGGACAAGAGCGUAUUCCUACAGACAACUCAGAGUGCUAGAAGACAAGGUGGUGCCUGCCCUGAAGGCAGCGCUCACGACACCGAACUGGACCAUACUGGAGGACAGCAGCCUGAACGCGAUGGUGAACAAGACCCAGAACCCUUUCCAGAGUUCUGAAUGGGACAGCAGCAUGCGGUCUAGCUUCAACUUCUCCGAAGGCUCGGUCUUAUUAGUGAGCGUUGAGAACGUCGAUUUCUUCAAUAGCUUCUUCGCGCUAGUCAAGAGCGAGAGCGAAAGCGUCAUGGCCUAUUACGUCGGCUGGGUGGUCGCGCAGGCUCUCUCACUGCUGACCAGUUCGGAAAUCGUCACGAAGUACUUUGUGAGCGACGAUGCCUUAGCGAACAGGGAGCACGCGCUGUUCUGCGCAGACAUCGCCCACGUGUACAUGGGCUUGGCUUUCUACGUGGGCCACCUGAGCCGCGAAGUCACAAAGCGCGUGAUGGAUGACGUCCAGACCAUAGAAACAACCGUGCAGACGGCACUUCGCAGACACCUCGGCUCGUCGCCUUGGUUCACCGCCAUUCCCGAGUCUAUGUUGAAAGAAGCGGCGCUGGUCAGCUCUCUGCGACUACUGGAGACUCCAAACGCCACGACGUUGGACGAUUUGUAUCGUCUCUUUCCAGACAUGGGCGACAACGUGUUCGACAACGUCCGUCUCGCUGCCGUGGCUCGCCGGCUGACCGUAGCAGACACAUCUAUGACGGAAUUAGUGAGCGGCGGAAGGGCACGCUUCUGCUCCUACCCCGCCCACGGUCAGUUUGAACUCCUGCCCGCAGUCUUAGAGAAGCCGUUCUACGAGCUAGGAGACGUGGCGGCCGUCAAGUACGCGACGUUGGGCGGCGAAGUGGCCGACGCCUUCUCUUCGGCCGCGUUCACAGGAACGGCCGACAGGAAGCUCCAGCUUGCAUUCACGCUCAAGUCGGCCUGCUUUUUCGGGAGCCAGGUGCUGUUGCGUCACCUCGAGCCGGAGCAUAUCGAGCUCGUGCGAAGGGUGACUUCGCUCCGUCUGAUCUUGGGCGCCCUGGCGGAAGCUACCGAGGGACGCCUGCAGACCGCCAGGCUUGCCGGCUACGAGGACUGGACGGACGUCGAGCUGCUUCUGGUCUUCUGGUGCUUCAUUCAGUGUGGUGGUCUCAAUGGCCGCCGAAAGUGCAACGGGCCGCUUACCAUCGUAGACGAGUUUGCGCGCGCCUUUGGCUGCAAACCAGGCGACCCUAUGUACAGUGGACGUAAUUGCUCCAUUGCGUGGUAAGCGCACAACGGGAGGAAUAAUGACGAGGGCGAAGGCGAGAUGGCACGAGCUGUGCUGUACAUAAUAUCUGGAAUUCAGCGAAUUAUGAAGAAUCGAAAUUUUGAAAAUGGCAUCAAAGACGUGCGUCGCAGAGGAGUAAAUGAUCUGGAAAGAUUGCUUGCGACCGCCGGUCCGGCAAUUUUCUGCGACGUGCUUUUCUUUUCGUGUGGUGGUUUUGUUUUUCAAAUUUGAUUAUGUAACUCAACACGUGAGUCCGCCAAUGUGAUGUACUUUGUUUCGACAGGCGGCGGUUCCAAUUACCUGCCGUUCGCGACGAGGGAGCCAAGGGCAAUUGCAAGAUAAACACUGAAUCGCAGCUGAUAGAGGUACUUGCCUACGGACGCAAAGUAUAUAUAAGCGAAUGAACUUACCAUUGAUGAACUUUGGUUGCCUAGAUUAUUCGCAAUUUAGAUUCUCGUCUGCCAAUUAGAAAGCAAUAUUGUAUUGAACUGCUAUUUGCUCUUUCUUUCUUCUGAGUAAUCAUGUUCGAAUCAAUUGUAUGUCAUUUCGUCUGGCUCUGUCGUUAUGUUCUUUGAUCAUUGCGCUUCACUAUUUGACAUUCGUUUUCAAGGCGCAAGAAUGCGAUUGACCUGAUCGCUUCAAUAAAUCACUAUGCGCGCUUGUUUUGA